GGGACAGCGUCCUCAACUCUGGGCUAGGGAACAACCCUGUUAACUACAAACAGAAACAAACAGUUGAAUACAAAACAACUGAACUUAGUCUCCAUGACAACAGGCUGGCUGUGACCAGGGCAAGGUGUAGAUUCGGUCCACGGGGAAAGGGAGGUGACCGUAUGCAGCUGAAGAGAACAGACACAGACUCUGCUAGCGAUGCUCCGUCCUGCUCCUAUAGUUGUGAUUCAGAGAGACUGAUGGUGUCUCAGGUUAACCCCCUAACAGGUGCUGCCUUCAGCCUGCCUUCUAUAGGAUCUAUCAACUGGAACAUGGACCCUGUGACAACACAGACACUCCCUGGCCUUCAUCCUCCUCACACUCUCCUAAUGUUAAACCAGACCUCAGACAAUGCCAGUGCCUCAACACUAAAUGGCUACACAAGCCCAUUGACAGUAGUAGUAACGCUAUCAGUAGAUCCAGUGGCAAAGAGAAGCGCUUCCCGUGUUCAUUCUGUGGGAAAGCCUUCAAUUACCCCAAACAGGUGGAGAUCCACCAGAGGAUGCACACAGGGGAGAAAUCUUUCGGCUGCCACCAGUGUGAGAAGAGGUUCUCCCACCAGCACCACCUGAAGAGGCACACGAGGGUCCACACAGGGGAGAAAUCCUACAGCUGCACACAGUGUGAGAAGAGGUUCUCACGCCAGGACCAGCUGAAGAUGCACCUGAAGGUCCACACAGGAGAGAGCCUGUACGCCUGUUCGCACUGCGAGAAGAGAUUCUCAGAGAAGAGCUACCUCAGGAUACACCAGCAGAAAAUGCACAAGGCCCAUGUGUAGUGACAUGUAAUGCAGUAUUAGUUAGUUUGAUGUUAAUUAUGUUGGUUUUGAAUGUUCUAGGGAGCUGGAUGAGGUGAACUAAGGAAAGAAUGAGUAUGAUGAGACAGAGUAGAUGAUAUGAUGGUGUCUGUAAAAAUGCUUCACUGAUGAAAAGUGACAACUAUGUCUUGUAGUUUGAUGCUGGUGUUUUAUAAUGAGGAAAUGAUAGUGCCUUAAUUCAUGUUUACUUCACAUAAACUAGUGAAGCUGUGUGUAAUGUUGAACCUUUUCCAAAGUAUUCUAAAAUACAUUUGAUCAAAUCGAUGGUACCAGAUUUACAGAAAGGGUAAAGUGUUACCAUAGUGAGAAAAGUUAUUGUACUUGUCACAUAUCGUUUUGUGCAAUAAAAGUACUGUACUUCAGGUUAUGUGAGUGUAUAACCAUUUUAUUGAAAUU